CCCAGUGGUGUACAGUUUGCCUUCGAUAUGGACACCACUUACCCCAUAGCGUUGGCCCUUCUCAAGGAGGACCCCAACCUCAACAAAAUGCGCUUCGAAAUUGUGCCCAAACUUGUCAAAGAAGAGGUGUUUUGGAGGAACUACUUCUAUCGGGUGUCGCUUAUCAAACAGUCGACACAACUGUCCGCUUUCGAUAAGAAAGGCAAUACUUCGUGGUCUUCCUCUCGUUCCUCGUCAGCCGAGGGUCCCGACGAACCCGGCGAUGACCAAAGUCCCACCGGUGCUGAACCCGAGUUCAUAUCCGACGCCUACCAGGGCGAGCAGGUGUCGGCCGAGGAGGUGCGCAAAGGGAUGAGACAGUUGGGUGUCCGCAAGGAUAGCAAUAAAGCAACUGAUGUGACCAAAACACACGAAUCAUAUAAUAUAUUAUAA